AUGGCGCUAAAACCAUUCAACCUCCUUACCUCGACCGCUCACGACAUUCAACAACUGUUCGACCGUUCUGAACUCACUGCAGAGUCGCUGGUAAAGCAAGUCUUGGAUCAGGUCAACAAACACAAUAGACAUGGACUUAAUCUGGGUGCCUUGAUCGCUGCUGCCCCAAGACAGCAGCUUUUAGAGCGAGCGCAGUUUCUUGACCAAGAACGUGCCGCCGGAAAGUCUCGAAGCCCGCUCCAUGGUAUUCCAUUCAUCGUGAAGGAUGCAAUCGCGACUGAUCCUCAAUUAGGCAUGGGCACAACGGCUGGGAGCUGGGCUCUUGUCGGCUCUCGGCCACCUGGGAACGCUCAUACGGUACAGAAGCUUCUUGAUGCUGGGGGCAUCCUCAUUGGCAAGGCUGGCUUGACAGUACGAUCUGCCGUCAGUGUCUCUGCUGGGCUCGGCAUCGUGUCUCUAGGUGUCGAAACCGACGGGUCUAUUGUAUCACCAGCCUCCCGUGCCGCGCUCUAUGCUAUGAAGCUGACCAUUGGGACCAUCCCCAUGGAUGGAGUAAUUCCAGUGUCGAAGAGCCUAGACUCUGUCGGUGCUAUGGCUAGGUCCCCAGCUGACCUUGCCAUGGUCAUAGAGAUGUUGCAAGAGACAGGACCGAAUCACGACGAAAGACUGUCGCAGCUCAUGACACAAAAAUGGAAUGGGCUAAGGAUUGGAUUUGUGGAUGAGAAAAUUUGGAAGUUACCAGAAAGUCUUUGCAAAAAUGACGAUGAGGCGCUCGUUCAGAUGUACCACUCCGUAAUGAAGACCCUAUCUAAUGCCGGUGUCCACGUCAAGUAUCCGGUCCAGCUUCCUCCCGGUGAUAAGGUUUGGCCUGGGAUUGGAGACAUCAUGUCCUACGAGUUCCAACAAGUCUUCAAUCGCUAUCUUGAAACUCUGGAGUCAUCUCAAGUCAGGAACCUACAGGAACUUGUCGACUGGAAUCGCCAGCACGCCGACAGAGAACUCCCCCAAGAAUAUCCAUCACAGUCAUGCCUUGAGAGCGCGUUACAGUGCAAUAUCUCUGCCGCCGAAAAUGCGGAAACCCUGGCCUGCCUUCGCAAGCUUGCCGGACCCGACGGAAUCGAUCAAAUACUCAACCUGUUUAAGCUGGAUGCCAUAGCAUCAUUAGCUGAUAGUCCUCUGUCGAGCAUUGCUUCUGCAGCUGGUUAUCCCAUCGCCACAAUGCCUCUAGGUAUUUUAGACAUGAAUGGGCGACCGUUCGGUAUUAGCAUGACUGCUAGCAAGAAUCAAGAGAAAAAAUUAUUCCAGAUCAUGAGUGCUUGGGAAACCCUGGGAGCUCGGAAGCCACCGCCUGCUUUGAUGGAGGAAACAAAUCAGGCACAGCCGUAA